GAAGGUGCGACUGCACUGAAGACCAAGGCAUUGGAGCACGAGAGAGAGAGAGAGAGAGAGAGAGAGAGAGAGCAGAGGCCGUCUUUGAGAGCUCUAACAUCGGAGUGCAUUGUGCAAGCCUGUUUGGCUUUUGCCUCUGUCUACGUUUUGCCAGGCUCCUCUACAGCACCCUACCUCACCUCCAGACAGCUGGGUCUCCAGAAGCGUCAGCAUGACAGCCCUCAGGGACAAUGAGUAUCUGUGGAGGGAGAUUCAGGGGGCCAAAUUAGCCUCUCUGUUUGGAUUGGACCAAGCAGCAAGUCAGGGCAACGAAUCCUUCCAGUACACCGCCCCCAAACAGCCCAGGAAAACCUCCAAUCCAGGUCCGGCCGGCCAGAAGCCCUCGCCCCCACCUGGAGCCCCUGCAGUGUUACAAGCAACAGCCACUCAUGCUUUUAAAUAUCUCAAUGGACAGUAUGCAAAGCAAGGGAAGUUGGGAGCUGCUGUUCUGGGCAACCACACAACAAAAGAGUACAAGCUCUUGCUGUACGCGAGUCAGCAGAAACAAGUCACGGCAGCCAAGAUUCACGUCGGGUUCGUCUUCACGGUGCAGCCCAGCAACUACUGCACUUUUUACGAUGACCAGCGCCAGAACUGGUCCCUGAUGUUCGAGAGUGAGAAAGCGGCCACGGACUUCUGUAAAGAGGUGUGUUUAGCCAAAGUGAACAGUGCCCCCUCCCUGGAUGUGGUGGUGGGGCAGGACUUGUGUCUGGGGGAGGGCCAGGGGGUGGAGAAUGGGGACUCUCUGGAGGUGGCCUACACAGGCUGGCUCCUGCAGAACCACACCAUCGGACAGAUGUUCGACUCCAACCUGAACAAAGACAAAUUGUUACGGCUGAAGCUCGGAGCCGGCAAAGUCAUCAAGGGCUGGGAGGAGGGCAUGCUGGGAAUGAGGAAGGCAGGCCGCCGUCUCAUGGUGGUCCCGCCGAGUCUGGGCUACGGCUCCCAAGGAGUAGCCAAUCGCAUCCCGGCAGACAGCACGCUGAUCUUCGAGGCGGAGCUUCGUCGGGUGAAGCUGGCUAGGGACAGCGGGUCGGACCGUGCCAGCGCAGGCUCCAGGGACUCUGCUGCCCCCUCCCCUGCCCCCUCUCCUGCCCCCAGUGUGGAGAACCUGGGCCCUGACCCCCCACCCACGGGCCCUGGAAGACCCGGGGAACCACCACUGCGUUCAAAAUCCAACUCACUCAGUGAGCAGCUGACAAACCCCGAUGCCACCAAAGCCAAGCUCAUCUCGCGCAUGGCCAAGAUGGGCCAGCCCAUGCUGCCCUUCCUGACCGGGGCCACGGCCUCCCAGCCAGACUCCAGCGACUCAGAGAUGGAGGACCCCAGUGUUUUCAGGGCGAAGGAGCGUCUGGCCACCCCCUCCCCCGUCCAGAUCAGCACGGCCCCCCACGCCUCGGCUCAAGCGCUCUCCCACCCGCACGCGCCCCAGCCCUCCGCCUUGGUCCCCGUCGCCAUGACGACGGCCGCUCCCCAGGCCGUGAUGCCGGGCUCCGCCCACGCCUUUCAGCCUUACGCCUACGCCCAGACGUCUGUGGCGCCCUCCCAACUCCAGCCAAUGGGACAGAUGUACCCAGCACAGACGGUGCCAUUCAUGGGCAGCGGUGACGUCACUUCCUUUUUGAUGACUGAGGCUCGGCAGCACAACACGGAAAUCCGAUUGGCUGUGGGCAAAGUGGCAGACAAAGUGGACCAGUUGGCUUCCAAGAUGGACAGCCUUCAGAAGCACGGAGGACACCCUCUGCCCAACAUGUCCAUGGAGACCUCCAUGAUCAUGCACAACAUCCAGAGAAUCAUCCAGGAGAACGAGUGUCUGAAGACGGAGGUGUUUGAGAAGAGCUCCCGCGUGGAGGAGCAGAACAAGAAGAUCGGCGAGCUGAUCAACCAAAACCAGAGGUACAUGGAGCAGAGCAACCUGCUGAUGGAGCAGAGGAACGACUCCCUCAAGAGCUCCAGUGAACAGAACCAGGCCCGUGUCCUACAGGCCGAGCAGGACAAGCAUGCACUGCCUCAGGACCUGAGCACGGGCCAGGUCCACCUGACAGAAGAGCUGGCCACGUCUACAGCACGCGUGGCCCAGCUGCAGCUGGAAGCCACCUCCCACCAGCAGAGGGCGUCCGAGCUGCAGAGCAAGCUGGCUGCCGCCCUGGUGGACGACGAGGCGCACUGCGCGCGGAUCUCCUCCCUGGAGAGCCAGCUGGAAGAGCUGAAGGAAGCCGCGGAACGAGCCCAGGCCCAGUACCGCACAGAGAAACAGAAGCGUCGAGAGAUGGAGCUGAAGAUGAACAACAUUGACGAGGAGGUCCAGGACCUGAAGACGGACAAAGAAAGUCUGGAAAGAACGCUGUUGGACAGGAAGAGGAAGUGGCAGGCGGAGAGGCAGAGGUGUGACGAGGAGUUGGAGGAGCUGAGGAGGAGCAGCCAGCAGGAGAUGGACUCCCUGAGGGCCCAGCUGCGCAAGGCCAGGACCAGCACAGACCAGGCCGCCUCUGAGCAGCUGGGCCAGCUGCAGGCUGAGCUGGAGGAAGAGUGGCGGGGGAAGAGUGAGCGGGCGCUGGCCUCGGCCCGGGAGCAGCAGGCCCGCGUCGUGGCCGAGCUGACGGAGCAGAGAGACGCCCUGGACCUCCGGCUGGCCCAGCUGCAGGACAAGUUCGCCGCCAUGAAGCAGGUGAGAGAUUCAGGAGAGCAGCACUCCCUGCAGCAGCAGGGGCAGAGUGAGGAGCUGCAGGCCCUCCGGCUGAAGUAUGCGGCGUUAGAGGAGCGGUCGUCGGCAUGGAGACAGAACACGGAGGAGAAAGUGGCCGAGCUGGAAAGGAGGCUGGCGGAGCAGAGCCAAGCAGACACAGCUGGAGAGGUGAAGCGUGUGAUGAACGGAGUUUUCCACUCCCUGCGGGGGGAGUUUGACCUGAAUGAGAGCUACACAGGAGGCUCGGUGCUGGGGGUGAUUGUCAACACCAUCAAGAAUGUGACCCUGCAGCUGCUGAAUAGCACAGAAAAGCCCUCAUCUCACCAGAAUGAGGCAGAAGAACAGGUAGAGGAGGAGGGAGAGGAGGAAGGAGGGGACGAGGAGGGAGGGGGCGAGGAUGCGCGGCGUGACGACGAGGAGAGACCCCCACCCGUCGUGAACGGGAAGAAGGAGCCGGAAGCAGAAGAGAAAGAGGAGGCUCAGAGGAGCGAGCCUGAGGAGGAGCAGAGGAGCGAAGCACCAGAGGAGCGAGGGGAAGCCUCGGGUCUGCAGAACGCCAUCCGGCAGGAGGCGGUGCCACACGCACAGGAGCCAAUAGCGGCGGAGCCCCAGGCACGCAGCCAAUCAGAGCCACCAGCAGAGAAAGUGCAAGUGCCUGAGAUCCAUCCAGAACCGGAAGAGAAGCUUCAUCCUCCUCCAGCACCCUCUUCAAAACCACAGACGGAGGAUACAACGCAGUGUCCGGAGUCAGCCGGCAAGAAGUCUCCGGAAAACCUACCUUCUGAGGGAGAACGUCCAGCCCGGUCUGAGGGAGAACGUCCAGCCCAGUCUGAGGGAGACGUCCCCAGCCAGGAGACCAAAAACCCCAGUGUGAGCAUUGAAGAUCCUCUCGGAGACCCGCUGGCCAUGCCCAUCCUCAAAGGCCCUCCAACACAGCCCCCCCCUCCACCCAACCCUCAGCUGGACAGUCCAGACAAAGUCACGAGUCCGACUGAGGGAGUAGGGGAGGAAAAUGGAGAGGAGACAUUUUUCCCGAGCACUGCCCCCACCAAACCCCCACCACCCCCCACAGAGGAUGAGGAGGAGGAUGAGCUGAGCUUGAAGGGUCGUCCCCCUCCAGCCCCACUGUUUGGUGAUGAAGAGGAUGAAGAGGAUGAUCUGGACUGGCUUGGCUGAGCACCAGUGGGUGGAGAGAAGAAGUCUUUCAUAGAAUACCGUUUCUUUAAGGGCACAGGGUAAACACACUCUCAGACAGACAAGGGCUUCAUCGACCUGGGAGGGAGAGCGAUCUCCUGAUGGACUGCUCUUAGAAACGGGUGUGUUGUGGUGGGUAGGGCUGACCAACGCAGGGUGGAACUAAUGCAGUAGUCUGGACAAAACCUUUUGGAAUCUUGAAGUCUUGAAAGCAAGCCUUUUGCAAUGGAAACAAUUGCAUCUCCUAAAUGGUAAAUUCCUGUGAUUUAUAGCCUUAAAAUAACUCUAAUGCUAUAGAAUUUGUAAAGCUACUGUAUCAAGAAUGUUAAUUUAACUUAAAUGAUUAAAUAUUUUCCACGUUGUGUAUCAAUGAUAUUAGGUUGUGUGUUGCUAAUAUGUUUGCUGCUUCAAGAACAUACAUUUUACAAUUUUUUGCUAACCAAUGUUCAUUCAUGAAAAUAAAUUAUGUUCAUUCUGUGA